AUGCCCGCCCCCAACGCCAACCUCUCCGCCCUCCUCUCGGCCAACAAGAAGCACAUCACCCCUGCGCUCGGCCACCUUCACGACCACAUCAUCGUCAAGGGCGAGGGAGCAAAGGUCUGGGACGAGGAGGACAAGGAGUACAUCGACUUUACCGCUGGUAUUGGCGUCACCAACCUCGGCCACUCGCACCCCGCCGUCACCGCCGCUGUCAUCAACCAGGUCCAGCAGGUCCAGCAUGUCCAGUGCUCGAUCGCCUACUCGGUGCCCUACCUCCAGCUCGUUGAGAACCUCCUCCCCAUCAUGCCGGACAAGAGCCUCGACACCUUCUUCUUCUGGAACUCUGGCGCCGAGGCCAUUGAGUUUGCCAUCAAGAUGACCAAGCGCUCCACUCAGCGCCCCAACAUCAUCUGCAUGCAGGGCGGCUACCACGGCCGCACCUACGCUGCCUCGUCCAUCACCCGCUCCAAGACCAUCUACACCCUCGGCUCGCACACCAUGGGCGGCGUCUACGCCACCCCCUUCCCCUACUGGCACUCGCUCGGUGUCUCGCCCGACACUCCCGAGGAGGAGCUUGUCGCCAUGGCCAAGACCCAGCUCGAGCUUCUCAUCAAGCAGCAGGUCGCUCCCUCGGACGUUGCCGCCAUCUUCUGCGAGCCCGUGAUCGGUGAGGGCGGUUACGUUCCCGCUCCCGCUUCGUGGCUCCGCUUCCUCCGCGAGUUCACCACCAAGCACGGCAUGCUCCUCGUCAUUGACGAGGUCCAGACCGGCUUCGGCCGUACCGGCAAGAUGUGGUACUCGGAGCACGUCGAGGGCUUUGUUCCCGAUGUCAUCACCUUUGCCAAGGGUCUCGCCAACGGUUUCCCCCUCUCUGGUAUUGCGUCCCGCCGUGAGAUCAUGGAGAAGCAGGAGCCCGGCACUAUCGGCGGCACCUACGCAGGUAACCCCGUUGCCUGUGCUGCCGCCGUCGCCGUCACCGAGGUGUUCAAGACUCAGCCCAUCCUCGAGAAUGUCAACGCCCGCUCGGCCCAGCUCUUCGAGACCCUCAACGCCCUCAAGGCGUCGCCCAAGACCGGCAACCUCAUCGCCGACGUUCGCGGCAAGGGUCUCAUGGUCGCCAUCGAGUUCCGCACCGACGACGAGCUCACCCUCAAGGGCUCGACUGGCCCUGUCCCCAAGGACAUUGGCAAGCGCGUCCAGAAGAAGAUUAUCGACCAGGGCAUCUUUGUCCUCACCACUUCGUGCUUUGACACCAUGCGCUUCAUCCCCCCUCUUGUCAUUACCGAGGAGGAGAUGGCUACCGCUUGCAAGGCCAUCACCACUGCCGUUGAGGAGGUCGCCCGUGAGGGUUAA